CGCACCCUGUUGGCUGGGAAGUGGAGACCGCCAUGACGGAGACGCUCCGCUAUCGUCUUGGCUGGUUCUAUUAAUGCCAUGGCAACAGGGAGGAGGUUGGGACCUAGCAACAGCUAGGAUGGCUGUACCACCGAUAUAAACCAGCCGUAGAGCCGCAUCUUUACUUUUCUCUCACCAUCGUUCCACUGCAAAGUCUCUCGCUCUUCUCUCAUAUACGCCAGUCGUACUACAUAUUUCUACCUCACACGAGAUCUACUCCACCUCAACCGACCCAGUCAAAUCCUUUGCUCUCUCUCGCACAGGCAUCAUGCAGUUCUCCAUCCUCGCCGUCGCCGCUGUGCUCGCCUCUACCGCCUCAGCCGCCUACUACCCAAGGAGCGCCACCGGUUAUCCCACUGGAAUCUUUCCUACAGCGACUGGAGUCUACCCAACCGGUACUGGAGCAACACCCACUGCCACCCAGCCCGUGUUCACUGGUGCUGCGGACCCCCAUGCCCAGGUCGCAGGCUCGGCUUUGGGAUUCGUUGUUGCCGCUGGCUUUGCUCUGAUCAUAUAAUAAAGCACAAGCGCUUCAUUUGAUUCACACUUGGCGUAUUUCGGCGAGCGAGCAUUCGAGUAUUAUUUCGAAUCUAUCGAGGAGCUUCGACUCCUACAGAUCACAGAGAUCUGUAGAUGACUUUGGGAUGGCAAGAUGCCAAUUCGAUACGAUUAUAUUCUGGCGAUAAUCGAGGGCAUAAUGACUGGAUUGGAAGGAACCCUCGGACGAUAGAAAGGACGAGCAUUACUGGCUCUACAUACUGGACAUAGAUAGAG